GGAAGUAGUUCCGGCCCGCCCCCCGCGGCCGCAUCACGCGGGGCGGGAACGGAUCCGUGCGCAGAGAGGUUGCUAAGGGUGAAAGUUUGCCGUGAGUUGGCUCACUCGGGGCCAGGGCGCGGGCGGCUCUGGGGGCACAGCAGCGGCAUCCUCACCACAGCACCGGGCCCGCCCCGCGCCGUCGGGUACAAGGGAGGGAGGGGACGGACGAGACGGGGCAGAGCAGAGACCAGACCCGCCAGCAGCGCCUUCGGCCCCCGCGACAGCCGCCAACAGCCGCCGGCCCUGGAUCCGAGAACGAAUGCAGUAGAAAGAGAUUGAGGGGAUCCUACUGGAGCUCAUCCUGCCAUGUCAACAACCUGAGAAGCCAGUGACUUUUUUCAGCAGCAGGACGUGGCACCUGGCACAACCACCCGGCCUCCUGGAGGAGAGGCUGGCCCUGCUGUCCUGAAUGCAAGCAGGUCUCUGCACAAAGCUGCUGAGCGAGUCACGAGGCUGUUCAGGUGCUGCAUUUGUGCUCUAGAAAGGCUGGUGCAGGUGAGCUGUGUUGGAAGCUGCUGAGUGCCAGGGCAGGAGAGGUGUGUUAGAUGCUGCUGACAGAGCAGACAGCCGGGUUACAGGAGCAGUGCUUGGCAGCGAGGUCUCUUUGGAGUCAAAACUUGUCUAUGUUUCUGUCAUUUUGUCACUUUUAAUACACUGCCCUGACUUGCUUGCUGGGAAGAGAGUAUGCAUCUGGAGAUCAAAGUUGCUCUUAACUUCAUCAUCUCAUACUUGUACAACAAGCUUCCUCGGAGGCGGGCAGACCUGUUUGGUGAGGAGCUAGAGCGCCUGCUGAAGAAGAAGUAUGAGGGUCACUGGUACCCAGAGAAACCUCUGAAGGGAUCUGGCUAUCGCUGUGUUCAUAUAGGGGAGACAGUGGAUCCAGUGGUGGAGCUGGCAGCCAAGCGGAGCGGGCUGGCUGUGGAGGAUGUGCGUGCCAAUGUGCCAGAAGAGCUGAGUGUCUGGAUUGAUCCUUUUGAGGUUUCCUACCAGAUCGGUGAGAAGGGCUCUGUUAAGGUUCUCUACCUAGAUGACAAUGAGGGCUGCAGUGCCACAGAGCUGGACAAAGAAAUCAAGAGCAGCUUCAACCCCGACGCCCAGGUAUUUGUCCCUAUUGGCAGCCAGGACAACUCGCUGUCCAACUCACCAUCCCCCUCCUUUGGCCAGUCACCCAGCCCCACCUUCAUCCCUCGCUCUGCUCAACCCAUCACGUUCACCACUGCUACCUUUGCUGCCACCAAGUUCGGCUCGACCAAGAUGAAGAAGGGUGGAGGAGCCGGAGGAGGGGGCGGUGGAGCAGGGGCUGUGCAGCAGCCAAGAAUGGUCAGGUCUCCCACCACCAACCUGCUGAAGCACAAGGGCCUCUCCCUGUCUAUGCACUCUCUGAACUUCGUCGGGAGUGCUGGGAGCCAAGCCCCACAGUCACAGCUCUCCCCCAAUGCCAAGGAGUUCGUUUACAGUGGCGCCUCGCCGGGAGCCAGCAGUCUCUUCUUCGAUGGUGUUGCCAGUGAGAGCCAGGCCAGCAGCAUCCCACCAGCAUCACAGUUCAAUGCCAGCACAGGUGGUACCUUUGAUAUGGCUCAGGUCUUCAGUGGCAGCACCAAUAGCCUCUUUUUGGAGAAGUCUCCCUUCGUGGAAGGACUCAGCUACAACCUGAAUGCCAUGCAGUAUCCUAGCCAGUCGUUCCAGCCCGUCGUCCUGGCCAACUGAAUAUAAUGGAAGGAGAGUAUUUUGGGGCAGGGAGGGAGGGGGGAAAACAAGAACAAAACAAACAAACAAGAGGGAGAGAAAAGAAAAAUAGAAAUAUACAGAAAAUAUUAAAACCUUAUAAAUAUAGGUUCUUGGGAAAAGAGAGAGCUCAGUGUUGUUGCGCUGUGCUGGUAACGCUCCUGAAGCACUGAAUUGUUUUUUAACUCAGUACCUGUGCUUUUUUCCUACUCACUUUUUUACUCCUUUAAAUGAGUCUUGGGCUUUUUUUUGGUUUGUGUGCCCUCUUCCCCCACUCCAGCCCAGGACUGGUUCAACUGUAGGUCACAAUGUUCCUGAUUCCUGGCACCACCUCCUGCCCCACACUGGACAACACAGGGUCCUUCUACCUGGGUGUAGGGAUGUCAUCUUCAUAGCACUGUGCUGGAGGAGGGACAAGAAGAGCAUGAGUCAGUGUUGGUGGGGACACACACAGUCUUGUGUGCUAGCCAGAAUGGGUGGGUGAGCUUGCUUUUUCUGUGUAUACAGAGAACGUCGCCUGUGCCCAUGGGUGCAGACCAUUGUGCUGUUGUGGCUCCAGCCCAAGCUGGCAUCAGCUGUUCUGUGUGCUGAAAAGCACUAACUCUUCUCCUUGACUAUCUCACAUCACAGUCAGGGCAGAGCAUUACUGUGAAAUGGCUUCUUCCUGCUUCCUUCCUCAUCUGCGCUUCCAGUUGUGGCUACAGGGGGUCAGUGCUUUGAGCUUAGUGGCUCUGGUUACUGGACCUUUCUGUACCUGAGCAAGAGGGCUUUUUUAUGCUCUCUCCGGGCUGCCCAGUCAGUCUGGAUGACAGCCCCUCUGGUGUAGAAACACCACCUGCCUCUCUCUGUGGCUUGGGGGAGGUGGAACUGAACCAGCUGGACCCCGCUUGGAUCCUUCCCCCACUUCCCAGGUGUUCCCCCCAGCAGCAGGGGCCAGCAUCCACUUGGGGUGGCCUCUGAGGUCAGAGUUCUCAUUAUCUGCUGUAAAUUCAUCUUCUUGUCUCAAAGAGGAAAUUUCUUCCUUUUUAGUUAGUGAGGCAGCACAACUUUUCAAGAAGAUAGGGUGAUGUUGUUGAAGCUGCUGUCUUGAGUGGUAGCAUAAGGGUUUGUGCUUUCAGCCAGGUAUGCACCUGACUAAAUCCCUUCCCUUGCCUUUCUGGAGAAGCAUGAGGAGGUGGCUGAUCCAGUGAGAAAAGGAAGCACCUAUCAUAAAUUCCUCAUUCCAGCCAGAUCAUAUCAGCGUGGACAGCAGCAAGCUCAGGACAGAGCUGGGAUGGGCUCUCCAAAGGGAAGUGGUCAUCUCAGCCUGUGAGUGUAUGGUGCCUCUUCACAGCAGGGAUGGGAUAUAGGACUCUGCACCUUUCUCCAAGAUGAUGUGUGGCAGUCAGGCAGUAGCGGCUGUUCAGCUUGAUCCCUUCUGUGUUGAGGACUCCAAAACCCACCUUCACAGAAAGCCAAAGGAGGACUGCUUCAUGCCCAGAAAGGAUGGAGGCUUUUUAGGUGGGAAGGGAGGUUUCCUUGCAGGCUGCUGUGUGAGCAUGGAAAUGUGCAAAGAGGAGAGAGAUGGAGAAGAUGAAACUCCAGUCUUUGAAGUUCUCAGUUUAAAUGAAAAAUAAGCUUUUGCUGCUUCCCAAACUUGAGGUUUGGUUUUCUUUUAAUGAUGCUUCUUGGAGCACAGUCUGAAAUCCACUCCUCCUGCACUUGUGGAACCAAUGUGCUCUUUCAAGAAAUCUCUGUUUCAGGUGAGAUGAGCUUGACCAUGUGCUUUUCCUGCUCCCUUCCCUGAGAUGGAGGCACUCCAGCCCUUUUGUAGUUGUGUUGCCACUGAGCAUUUGCAGAAGGUAAUGGGCUGUCCCAGGUAGACUGUCUCUGCCCAGAGCUCUUCAAGGAGAGUUUCCAGUGUACCCUUCCCCUUGAUGGGUGAUGGUGCGCACGGUCCUGACCUUGUGCCCAGCAUGGGUUCCCAAGCAGGCUACUUGCUAUGACCAAUGCAGCAGGUGGGUGAGGAGAGCAGAGCUCAGCCAGUUCCCCCAAAGCUGGUGCCCACAACCUCAACCCUGCAGGUUUCCAGACUAGGACAAGUUGAUGAGGAGCAGCCCAGCUAUUGUUUCCUUUUUUUUCUUUCCUUUGAACCCACUGCUUUUAACAGAUGCUACCACUGCCAUGGAGUCCUCCCCAACAGGCGCUGGUGGGAGCCACCCCACAUGCUGCACUGGACUCUGAGGGGUGUUCAGACCCUGAUGGCAGGACCUGGUCCAGUUGCCCCCCAUUGUCCCCACAUCUGGCAGAGCCACCUGCGAGACGCUGCCUUGAGAUGGUGUGCUCUCCUCCAGCACAGGGAGGGAGGGAAGAAGUGGGGAUGUCCCCUGUCCACUUGCUUAUGUGUGUGUGAAGCUUUGAUGCUGCUUUGCUCUGCCACACGUAUUAUACCUGCUUUAAAAAUAGUGGUGUGAGUGGAAGGAGGAAAAGAAGAGGGACCAACCUCUUUGCAUCUUAAAAGGAAAAAAGUGUGCUUCAGAAAUGUUCCUCCAGCAUCAGGCAGCAAUGGAAACUAAUGGCCUUUUCAGGUCUUUUCUAGUCUUGGAUGUAGGCGUUCAGCUUCAAUUUUAUUUUUUAAAAACCUGCACUAAUUUACCUGGUUUCUUAGGAAGAGAAGAGAGAAGAUUUUUUUUUUUAACUUUUAUUUUUUAUGGGUUUAUGUUCUUUUUGUUGAUGUCCAUUUGUAUUGAAUAAUUUGCUACAUUUGUAAAAUGUAAGAGGUAUAUAUAAUAUAUGUAUAUUUCUAACGUAAAAAAUGUAAUUUUUUUCUUUUCAAGAUUUUUUCUUAAAAAAGAGGAGAGAAAAAAUAUUUUUUCAGGAAAAAACUUUAAAAAAAAAAAGAAGUGGUGAAGAUUCCUUUCUCCCCACUCAACCUCCCUUUCCUCCCGCCCCUCUCCAAGGAGUGAAUCGACAGUUGCCUUGUGGGAUAGGAGUGAAAGCGGACAGAAGUCUGUAUGUCUCCGAGUGGAGGGUUUCUGCGUGUGCUCUGCUUGGGUUUUUUUUGGAGAAGGGAACUACUGAGAGGGAGAACCAGGGGGUUGCUGUCUUUUUCUUUUUUUUUUUUUUUUCCUUUUUUUUUUUUUCUUUAGCGAAGGAGGAAUACAAUCAGAGUUUUGUAUUCAGAAUGUUGUGCAAUAUUUUGGAACGGGAUAUUGGUGUGUCUAGAGAUUUAGUUAAAAACAAACAAAAAACCCCACAAAAAGGUUGAUCAAAUCUGUACAGUUUCUAUUGUUCCAGAUUUUUUUAAGUUUGUAUUAAAAGCAUGAUAUAAUAACUGUU